AUGUUCCAGGCAAAUUUGAAAUCUGUAACAAUUUUUUUCUUCCUGGGAUUUUCCUACUACCCCAAAGCUGAGGUCAUCAUAUUUGUGCUGUGCUUGCUGAUGUACCUGAUCACCUUGCUGGGUAAUAUAAUUCUGAUUUCCAUCACCAUCCUGGAUUCCAGCCUAUACACACCCAUGUACUUCUUCCUCAGCAACCUCUCUUUGUUAGAUGUCUGGUACACCUCUUCUGCUUUCCCUCCAAUGCUGAUAAACUUUGUUUCAGGGAAAAACACUACCUCAUUCUCAGGGUGUGCCACUCAGAUGUACUUCUCUCUUGCCAUGCGCUCCACUGAGUGUGUGCUCCCGUCCAUGAUGGCAUAUGAUGGAUAUGUGGCCAUCUGCAACCCCCUGAGAUACCCCAUCAUCAUGAACAAGAGGAUUUGUGUGCAGAUUGCAGCUGGUUCCUGGGUGACAGGCUGCUUCACUGCCCUGGUGGAACCAGUGUCUGUAUUGCAGCUGUCUCUGUGUGGUAGCAGUGAUCAUUUUGCUUGUGAAAUUCUGGCUGUCUUAAAACUUGUUUGUGUGGACACCUCCAUGGUGCAAUUAAUCAUGCUGGUGAUCACCGUACUUCUUGUUCCUAUGCUGAUGCUUUUAAUUUGUAUCUCUUAUGCUUUCAUCCUCUCCAACAUCUUGAGAAUCAGCUCAGUGGAUGGUCAAAGAAAAGCCUUUUCAACAUGUGCAGCCCAUCUGACUGUGGUGGUUUUGUUCCAUGGGACAGCUCUCUCCAUGUACCUGAAGCCCUCAUCUGUAGAUUCACAGGAAAUAGAUAAAUUUAUGACUUUGGUAUAUGGUGCGUUAACCCCCAUGUUGAAUCCUAUCAUCUAUAGUCUACGAAACAAAGAGGUGAAAGCAGCUUUGAAAAACUUGCUGUUUAGAAAUUCUUUGGUAAUGUUUUAAUUUCUAUCUUCAUAUAAUAUGGGAGCAAGCACAUUCAUCUGGAUAAUCUCCAACAUUAGCCAGAAAAUUGCAAAGUCA